AUGAAUAUCGAAGAGCAGUGUCUAGAUUUGUGCAAUGUCAAGACGAAAAGCAAUGUGGACGAUGAUCACAACACUACCAACAACACAGAAGGGAUCACCCCCAGGAUCUCUGAACUGAUGACGGACAGUAACACAGAAAAACAAAACAUUGUUCCCACAGAGGCCUCCGAAACGUACCUGAUGCCUCAUCUCACUGACAACCUUCAGGCAGCUGAGGACAACCACCAGGCACAAGACACACCGGAAAUUGAUGAGGUCAAUGGAAACAGAAAGAGCAGUGCUCAAGAUACCCAUGCAGUAGUGAAUCCCACUGACUUGAUCUUUUCUAAUGAUGAGCAGCACAAGGACAAUAUUGGGCUGGAGAAAAUGAAGGAAGAUAAGGACACUGAUCCUGCAACUUUUGUUGUGGAAGAAGGAGAUGAUGGUGGGGACAUGGACAUAGGUGUGGAUCUAAGUCUCGAUGAGAGUGGGGUGUUGGAGACUGAAUCAACAAAUGUCAGUUCAUUCUCAGACAAAACUUUAGACUCAGAGUCCACCCCGUCUCAGGAUGUCCCAGCUGGCAGCACGGCAGAGAGCCCGUCAGAUGCAAGCCAGACAAGCAGCACUGUAGCUUCUGCCACAGACCAGGCUGGACUGUAUCCUUCGGUGGAGGAGGUUGGCGAUAAACACAAACCCAGUGGCAAAAGGGUGACUUUUCCCUCAGAUGAGGAUAUAAUCUCUGGAGCUGUGGAGCCCAAGGACCCCUGGAGACAUGCUCAGAAUGUGACGGUGGAGGAGAUCAUCUCUUCCUACAAACAAGCUUGUCAGAAAGUCAACUGUAAACCCAUACCCAAAGUGCUCAAACAGAUACAGGAACUGAAAGACCUGACUCAGCGAAAUGAAUGCUUAGAUCUAAAAGGUGAGAAGCUGGACUACAAAGCAUGUGAGUCUCUGGAAGAGAUUUUGAAGAGGGUCCAGUUUAAAGUGAUAGACCUGGAGCAGACCAACCUGGACGAAGAUGGUGCAUCAGCUCUGUUUGACAUGAUCGAGUACUACGAGUCAGCCACACAUCUCAACAUCUCCUUCAACAAGCACAUUGGCACACGGGGAUGGCAGGCCGCGGCUCACAUGAUGAGAAAGACGAGCUCUCUGCAGUAUCUCGAUGCACGUAACACUCCCCUGCUGGACCACUCGGCUCCCUUCGUUGCACGAGCGCUCAGGAUUAGUGGUAGCCUGGCAGUCCUCCACCUGGAGAACGCUGGUCUGUCUGGCAGACCGCUCAUGUUACUGGCUACGGCUCUGAAGAUGAAUAUGAACCUGCGGGAGUUGUACCUAGCAGACAACAAGCUCAAUGGCCUGCAGGACUCGGCCCAACUCGGAAACUUGCUCAAGUUCAACUACAACAUUCAGAUCCUGGACCUGCGCAACAACCACAUCCUAGACUCCGGUCUGGCCUACGUGUGCGAAGGACUAAAAGAGCAGAGGAAAGGUCUUGUCACUUUGGUGCUAUGGAACAACCAGCUCACACACAAUGGCAUGGGCUACCUCGCUGCUGCACUGCCAUGCACCCAGAGUCUGGAGACCCUUAACCUCGGCCAUAACUCCGUGGGUAACGAAGGGGUCCACAAGCUGAAAGACGGACUGAUCGGGAACCGCUCUGUGCUCAGACUGGGCCUCGCUUCCACUAAACUGUCCUGUGAAGGAGCUGUGGCUGUGGCUGAAUUCAUCGCUGAGAGCCCCAGACUGCUGCGUCUGGACCUUCGAGAGAAUGAGAUCAAGACAGGUGGACUGAUGGCCCUUUCACUCGCCCUAAAAGUCAACACUUCUCUGCUGCGUCUCGACCUUGACCGGGAGCCCAAGAAAGAAACUGUAAAGAGCUUCAUUGAGACCCAGCGCGCCCUGCUGGCUGAGAUCCAGAAUGGUUGCAAGAGGAACUUCAUCCUGGCUAAGGAGAAGGAGGAAACAGAGCAGAAGAUGAGGCAGUCAACAUCCAUGGCUGAAAUCGCCACAGAGGAUGGGACCACAGAAGAAGAGGAGGAAGAACCAGCAACAGAGGAGAGAGGGGACAAAGGGGACAAAGAGGUAAAAGGAAAAGGUGAAACGCCAGUCAAUGAAGGACAAACAAGCAGUCAGUCAGGAGACAGCAUCGAGACCAACAUUCCUCAAAUGAUCCUGGAGUCUGACUCGGACACUGAGGAUGAGGAGGAUGAGGAGGUGGUAACAAAGUCCUCUUCCACAUCAAACUCCUCCCCUCGCUUAAACCAGACUACUCCUCAAACCCAGACAGGGGUUGCACAGCCCUUCCUCAGUGCCUCAUGUACAUCCUCAACCCUUUCAGCCUCACCUACUGGCAGCCCGAGCGUCAUUUCCGGUAUCACCGUUACAGAAUCUGCAGUUCCUAGUGGCACCCCUCCGUCUCCUGGUCGCUGUAUAUCUGUCUCUAGUCCAGGGAGGGGUCACAAGAUCUUCAUGGUAACUCGGGUGGAAAGCCCCCCUGAGCAGCUACAGCUCCAGAUGAGUGCACCUGCAGCUCCCAUCCAAGCUAAAGAGGCCUCAAAGAAGCCUGUAGAUGGGAGCACACCCACAACACAGCCGACACGGCCACUGCCUUCAUCUCAAACACCUACACAAACACAACUGACACAUGCGGACUUGAAGGAGAGCACAGCUGCUCUGUCAACAGACUGUAAACUCAAAGAUCAGAGUCCAGUAGCACACUUAGAGUCUGCAGUAAAUACUACACUAGAGCCACAGUCUACAAGUCAACCCACAGAGAAUGCGACAGCUAGCACUUUAGACCCAGAAGCUACAGAUCCAAGUCAACAAGCACCGGUCCUGCCAUCAAACUCCUCAUCGGUGCAGGCUGCAGCAUUUCCGCUCACUGAGGAGAUAAUGGAGAGCAUUAAAAGCCCCCAACUUGAGCCCACUUGUGUUGAGGGAAAGAAGGAAGGAGAGGAGGAGGAAGGUCUUAUAGAAGAUGUGACUCAGGUGAGCACAGAAGGAGAGCGUAAACAGUUUGAUGAACUGAGUCAAACCCAGACUAGUAUCCCUGCAGAACAAUUGCAGCAGCCGUUAACAGUUGCUCUUGAACAGCUACAGGAUGAGCUAUCAUCUGUAUCAGAGGAAAGCCAGUUACCAAACCAAACAGAAGAAGAAGAGGUCCUUCCAAUAAUGGAGAAGCAGGAAGCGCCAGCCAACUUGUCAGAAGAUGAAAAACCCAGUUUAAAAGAGAAAGAGGACAGCCAGCCAACCCAAGAGGAACCAUGUCCAAAGCAGCAAACGGAGGCAGAUGAACAGGCAGCGGAGCCUGUUCUCUCCGUCCAGACUGAUCAACAGGAACCACCUAUCACUCAAGGUGGAGCUGAGGAGUUAAAUACUCCAGCAGGAGAAGCCUCAAAGAGUCCUGAACCAGCCACAACUGAGUCUGUCUCCCCAGUCAAAGACGAGGAUUCACCCGAUGAGAGCUCUGCAGACGAAGACGAGUGUUUUGCCGAUGCUCCGGAGGAGGAGACUGUUGGUUCAGCUCUACCCAACGGCCUGAAGCCUGAGUUCUCCCUCCAUCUUCUGGACGCCGAAAGCCCUAAGCCCGGCAGCUGUGUGAUGGAGCACGUGAGUGUUAGCUGUGGACAAGACCUGGAGGAGCUGCUGCUAGAAGCCAGUUUGGAGAUGGGGAGAGACGCACCAUGAAGUUUUGAGGUUUUCACAGGGACGGGACGGACAGGAGAAAACGGCACUCGUCGAUAGUUUGUCUGGCUCUACUACAUGACAAGUUGCCCUACAAUGUUUUUGUCUUUUCUUUGACUUUACCAUCCACACAACCUUUCCGUAAAGGACAAAAGACCUGGUAUUACAGUCAAAGCUUUGAAAAUCCAAGCAAAUUAGAGAAAGAAACAAAAAAUACAAAAUCAACUUCUGGAGCUUUGCUGUGACAACAAAAAGACAUCCACACUACAUCAACCACAGAAACACAGUCACAUUUGCAUAUUAUAUGGAAGACAAAACAAAGUGAACUAAAUUCACCCUCUUAUCACUACAUUUCGUCAAUCUGCACUCUUUAUACACGAGCAGACGCCUGUGAGUGAGACAGAAGAGAGCUGGGGGAUUAAACACUAACCAAAGACAGAACACACACCUUUCUCACAGCCCUCCUGUUGCUCUCUUGUGUAGAUUUUCACUUUAGUUGGGGGGGAAUAACUAACAAUUCUAUUUUCUUUCUUUUUUUCUCUUUCAAAACACAUACACAAAGUCAUAACCGUGAUAAUGAGAAACGUGGGGUUGAUGGCACAUUCACAAGACAAAACAGCGUUGAAGGACCUGCUGGCUUUAAGCACUUGUUUAAGAGGUGGAUGUAGAUCACUAUCAAAGGCUUUUAUAUCCGAGGAAGCUGAAGAUGUUAACGUGUGUGUUGAAAUGUCAACGUUUUAUGUCUGUUCCCAACUCCUGACCAUUUCUCUCCCUUCUGGGAAAGAAGAACUUUUAAGGGACCUCUGCCAAAGUGACUUCCCUCUUUGUGUUUUCCCCUCCUCUGCUCACUUUGGCCCCUCAGGAAUCAGCGUCCCCCUCCAGUCAGUCUUCUCAGAUCUGACGUGGAGGCGCUGCAACUGUCUUUCUGCCUGCCUUUGUUGCAAAAAAAAAAGAAAAGAGAAAAAAAAAAGCUUUUUGAAGUCUGUAAUUUUGCUCUCAGCUG